AUGUUACUGGCCAAGAACGCGGAUGUGAAUGCUCAAGGUGGAGAGUAUGGCAAUGCAUUACAGGCGGCAUCAUUGCGAGGUCAUGAGAAGGUGGUGGAGAUAUUGCUGGCUAAGAACGCGGACGUGAAUGCUCAUGAAAAGUCUGGCAAUGCACUACAGGCGGCAUCAUGGCGAGGUCACGAGAAGGUGGUGGAGAUCAAUGCACUACAGGCGGCAUCAUCAGAAGGUCACGAGAAGGUGGUAGAGAUGUUGCUGGCCAAUAAUGCGGACGUGAAUGCUCAAGGUGGAGAGUAUGGCAAUGCAUUACAGGCGGCAUCAUUGCGAGGUCAUGAGAAGGUGGUGGAGAUAUGGCUGGCUAAGAACGCGGAUGUGAAUGCUCAUGAAAAGUCUGGCAAUGCACUACAGGCGGCAUCAUUGCCCCGUCAUGAGAAGGUGGUGGAGAUAUGGCUGGCUAAGAACGCGGAUGUGAAUGCUCAUGAAAAGUCUGGCAAUGCACUACAGGCGGCAUCAUGGCGAGGUGACGAGAAGGUGGUGGAGAUAUUGCUGGCCAAUAAUGCGGACGUGAAUGCUCAAGGUGGAUUCUAUGGCAAUGCAUUAUACGCAGCAUCAUUGCGAGGUCACGAGAAGGUGGUGGAGAUGUUGCUGAACAAGGUUGCGGACGUGAAUGCUCAAGGUGGAGAGUAUGGCAAUGCAUUACUGGAAUGUGUUGGGAGCGGUCCAUUCGCGGCGGUCCAUUCGGCAAAGGUCCAUUCGGCGUUUGAAUCUUGGCGGCUUGAAAAGCACACUGAGAGAGAUGAGGAAGAUAGGGUUACUACCCGUCGAAAGCAAGAGAGUACCAAUAUCAACGCUCGUAGCUGUCCUUACUACAUUUGUCUUACCUAUAAGCAAGUUGGCAAGCGUGGUUCUGGGGUAUUUGGCUUCAUUCUGAGUAUUCGUGAUAAUACUCAUACGCAUUUGAUGGCGGUCAACGCACUGAGAUACAAGAAGCACGUUAAAACGCUCCCUGGGUAUUUGCCUGCAAUGGAGCUGGGUAAGUCGCUUCGAACAGCUAAUAUCUCUUACUCUGUUGCUCUCCAAGUACUUGAACAAGUUGGAUUUCCUCUCGAUCGCAAUAGCUACUACAACAUUCGAUCUCGUGUUGCUUCUGCUGAACAAAACGAGUUUGCGGCGCUUGUUGUUGCUUUAGAGGAGGCAGGAUUCAUCUUUGAAUGUCGAAUAGAGGAGGAGUUCGAUUCAGAAAGUGGUAUAACUAUUAGUAGACAGUUACAACAGAUUUGGUUUGCUCAUCCUCAGCAAAUUCGAUAUGCUCAACGAUUUAUAGCUGAUUUCGCUCUCUUCAUUAACGGUACUUUUCAAACGAAUGCCCUCAACCUUGUGCUUAUCAUUACCGCUAGUAUCACGAACUGUAACUCAACGUUUGUGAGCUCUCUGUCGUUCGCUCGUUCUAAAGCAAAGUUGUCCUUUGAUUUCAUCCUUAAGAGCCUCAAAAAGCACGUUUUUUGCCCUCCUAUCCCGGUACCACGCAUUAUUAUUAGCGACCAAGCUGCGGGCUUGAAAGCUUCUAUGCCUGUAUCUCUUCCAGGCACGAUUCUUCAAUUUUGCGACUGGCACGCUGUUCAGACCGUUUUAAAGAGACUCGCUGAUAAGGGCUAUUCGAAGGAGAUUCGCAAGGAGAUGAAGUCAUUACUGUGGAGCUUUGUCAAGAGCAAUACUCAGCUUGAGUUGGAGGCUAUUCGUACAGCGAUACAUUCAAAACUGAGGCCAGAUAAGAUACAAUAUCUCAACAAAUACUGGGGUCCUAAGGAGUCGCAAUUUCUACGAAUCCAUACUCGAAAGCAUCCAAAUCUAGGCGCUCAUUCGAAUCAACGCUCUGAGAGUCUCCACCCUGGUACGAAAGACAUUCUAAAUAAGCAACUAAAUAUGGAAGAAGCUACUCGACGGCUAGGAGUUACUGUGAAGUCAAAAUUGAGACAGUUAUCUGAGCAGGAGGCUCAAAAUGGUAGCCUGGGUUUACAAGUUCUAGAGGCUAGAGAGGAUCUUACAGGCUACGCUCGUACACGAUACGAUCGAGCAGCUACAAAUGCCCAACAAGGUCUAGUGGAAUUUGCUCAAGAGCUUAAGGAGGAUGAUCUUAAUACUCGAAUGCCAGAUCCUGUCAAGAGAUCAGGGUGGAAUAGGCAGUUUAAGAGUCACGAUAAGACCAAUAAGCGACUUAUGACGGGAGCUGAGGCAGCAGAACGCGACGCUAGUAAUAGAGAGCAGGCAGCUGCCAGAGAGGCGCGUCAGCGCGAAAGAGAGCCUUAUACGCUCACUUUUGGCCGAGAGCCUAUUCUGCAGAUGGUCUCCGGGGCACUGUCUCCUCCUUCUGCGCCUGAGAUCAUGCCUGCUGCCUCCGGAGAAGCCCUCAGGGAGCCCCUUGAGGAGGAGGAGGAGGAGGAUGACCCCUUUAUAGCAGAGAUCGGGGCAUCUCACGCCAUGCUUGGUACCAUGCUCGUUCCAUAA